AUGUACCACCGUAAGUACCACCGUAAGUACCACCGUAAGUACCACCGUAAGUACCACCGUAAGUACCACCGUAAGUACCACCGUAAGUACCACCGUAAGUACCACCGUAAGUACCACUGUAAGUACCACCGUAAGUACCACCGUAAGUACCACCGUAAGUACCACCGUAAGUACCACCGUAAGUACCACCGUAAGUACCCCUGUAAGUUCCACCGUAAGUACCACCGUAAGUACCACCGUAAGUACCACCGUAAGUACCACCGUAAGUACCACUGUAAGUACCACUGUAAGUACCACCGUAAGUACCACCGUAAGUACCACCGUAAGUACCACCGUAAGUACCACUGUAAGUACCUAGAAGUACCACUUGGGAUGUCUGAACACGCCGGGGCCCCUGAUGGUGAACUUGACCCACAGUCUUGGGCUGAGGUGGCGAGUGACGGGGGGCCCUUGACGGUAGCAGGGGUCAGAGGUUACCUAAAUACCGUGGAAGGCCCCCAGGUCGAGAUCGUGCACUGUGGGGUAAUUAGGACAACACUCCUGGGGCUUGGAACUCUGACCUGA